UUCAACUGGUUUACCAAAUUUUACACCUUUUGGUUCUUUGCUCGAUUUUUGCAAGUUACCAGGAUAGGACACAGUGGUCACCUUCGACUUUGAACAGCCAUAAAUCAUCACGCUUCUAGGAGAAGCAAAAGGGUUUGAGAAUGACAGUCGUAUCAAAGAUUCCACAAGAGUAUGGCUAUGUAGUUUUGACAGGAGUUGGAAGUACCUUUCUUAUUUAUUGGAUGACCUACAAAGUUGUAGCUGCCAGAAAGAAGUACAAAGUAGAAUACCCAACCUUGUAUUCUGCAGACAAUGAAAAAUUUAACUGUGUCCAGAGAGUCCAUCAAAAUACAUUGGAGGGUUAUCCUACAUACCUGAUGUUGUUGUUUGCUGGAGGUUUACAAUAUCCUAAAACCUGUGCUGCAGCUGGAUGGAUGUGGAUUUUAGGAAAAGUUGCUUAUGCAUAUGGUUACUAUAGUGAUGAUUUAAAGAACAGACGGUAUGGACAGUUUGGUUAUAUUGGUUUGUUUACUAUGUUGGGUUGUACCAUUGGAUUUGGUGUUCGACAGUUAGGAUGGUUACCUAGACAUUGCCACUAAAGAUCAAGGUUUGAUUGUCUUCCUGAUAUUGAAGAAACAAGAGAGAUAUUUUACAUGAACAAUCAAAUUAUUUACAACUCUAUUUAUAUAUCACUGUAAAUAACAUACUUCCACUUUUAUACUGAGCUCAUGUGCAAGCACAGCUGACAAUUUUUUUCUACCAGGGCUUCAAAUAUGUAAAGUUUUGUUGCUGGGAAUUUGCCAAUUCCAUUAGGAAUUGUUCAAUUUAUGUUUCUAUUAAUAAUUUUACAUCUUCAAAAACUGGAGUGAUGACAUGUUAUCCAUACAAAAUGGCUUUUCAUACAAAAUUUGAUGAAUUGAGUUGGGGAAAACUGAUAUUGGGUCAAUUUGGGAUUGGGUAAAAAUCUGUUAAAGAAAUGAUCUUUUAUGGAAAUUUUUUGUGUAUCAUUAAAGACACACACUUAUAUAAUUAUUUACUAGGUUUUGAUAGGAUUUCUCAUUUUGAGUUAAUUAUAAUUCAUUUUUUACUGUUUUCUUUUUUUUUCAAAAGAAGGCAAAGCUUGAAAUAGAAUUUAUGGUUUUUCUUUUUAAAUGAAGCUAAAUAGUUUAGUAUAUUUAUUGAUAAGCAUUUUUAUGGGAAAUGUGCAAAAACUUAGUUGAAGCCUUGAAGUUGAACUGAUGUGUUUCAGUGAGGCUCGGUAUAAUUGCAAGACAUUUCUUUUUAUUUAUAUUUCAUUUUGGAGAGUAAGACUAUAUUUUGUAAGCCUGUGUUUUGUCUUAUUUUUUAGUGCCAUGCUUUUUGAAGAUAUAUACAUCUUAUGAAUUUUGUUUUGUUAAGUAGAAAAAUAAAUGUAGCAAAGAGUU